CAGUGGUGUUUUGCCAGUGAAUUUUCUUCCUAAAAAGACAGAGAUGAGUUUUGGCAGAACCUGUACAGUAAUUCUGCUGCUGAGAUGCUGCAUGACACACCAUGAAACAGGCAUCCUAAUAGCAUUGACACCCAGCUCUGCUACAAAGCUGUUCUGUUCAAGGUCAAAGAAGUGAUCAUGUCUCAGCCUUGCAGUUGGGCAAGAUGGGCCAAAAGCCCAACCAGCGGCACUUGGAAGUUGCUAUUGGAAAACCUGGGUGGUGAGUCUGAGCUCGCCUUGGACUGGGGCAUUAUGUGGUGGGAGGAGAUCACCAGUAUACAGGGAGCCUGGAUUCACUUCUCAGCAUCUUCCUUUCAGGGGACUUGGGUUCUGUCUUCCCUGUCUGUACAAACAGACAUUAACUGAGGCAGAGGUGAGGGGUGAAUUGUUGCCCACCUACUUUUUUUUUUCUGUCUUGGGUGAUUUACGUGAGCAGAAUAGCUUCCACAAGAGGGAGUUUUAUUUCAGAACAUCCCUCAGGCCUCACUUCUGCAACACUUGCCUGAAUCUAAUCCUUGUUUUUUUGGGUUAAAGCUUCUCUACAGGCUUCAUCAGGAGGCAGGAAUGCUUCUCGUUCUGUUGGUGAGGUAGCUUAAGGCAUUCUUCAGGCAGUUAGUCUGAAAUGUGGUCUCUUGAGUCCCGUUGUACCACCUAGAUCGUGCUGCCUGCUGAAGUCUGUUGUGGAGUACAUAUUUCUACUGCAGAUUUCCUUAAUGAUGAGCAAGAUGGGUGACUUCUUACCUAGGUUCAGUAAUUUCAUAGUAAGCUUCUUCAGGCAAAAGAGCCUAGGAGUCAUAAUGAGGGGAACCAGCUGUAUGUCUCGUGUUACUGUAGUCGUCUUCUGAUGUGAAACUAAUGGAAUGGAAACACCUAGUUAAAAAUGAGAAGCUGAAGAGGCCUAUGGUAGGUUUCCAUCAGAUUUUACAGAAUUACUGCAGUGGAUGAGUGUGAUCAUCUUGAAUUUUACGUAGGUAAAUGUUGUCAAGGUCAGAAACGUGUGGUUGAUUUCUGGCCCAAGAUGCCUUUUGGGAGGUGGAGAACACUGCCAGCAGGCAGAUGAUCUGCUUCCUGGGAGUCUGAAGGAGGCACUUGCAGAGGUCAGCAUCCUUGCCUUCUCAGGCCUGUCUUCUCUGGCUGCUUUUCCAUUUGACCAUAGCACUGGCUGGCAUUUAGAGGUUUCCAUAGCUUCCUGCUGACUAUAGAAGGAGCUUUUGAAGACAAGCUGUUUACUACCACAAAGCUUGCCUGAGCACAUACCACAGUCUUCCCCCCUUUGCCUCUUUCUCUGCCACAACAUGCUUGAUCAGGCCGUGAUUAUUUUCCUUCAUCAGUCUUACCCUAAAUAGUUCCUAAUCUGAUUAGCCACAGAGAAGCAUUAUCCCUGCUUUGCAGAUAGGAAACCAAGAGUUUAGCCGGGGUCUGAGGGUAUCCAUCCCUGUGAGAUGUCACUGGACAUCAGCCAGGACUGAAAGCACCACUAAUGAGGAAGAUGUAGAUUCUUUUAUGAAACAGCCUGGAAAUGAGACAGCAGAUGUAGUUCUUAAGAAGUUGGAUGAGCAGUAUCAGAAGUAUAAAUUUUUGGAACUUAAUCUUGCUCAAAAGAAAAGGAGGCUAAAAAGUCAGAUUCCUGAAAUUAAACAGACAUUAGAAAUUUUAAAACACAUGCAGAAGAAAAAGGAUUCCACAAAUCCAAUGGAAACCAGAUUUUUAUUGGCAGAUAAUCUCUACUGCAAAGCUUCAGUUCCUCCUACAGAUAAAGUUUGUUUGUGGUUGGGGGCCAAUGUGAUGCUUGAAUAUGAUAUUGAUGAAGCUCAGGCUUUGUUAGAGAAGAAUUUGUCAACAGCCACAAGAAACCUUGAUCUUCUAGAGGAAGACCUGGAUUUUCUUAGAGAUCAGUUCACCACUACAGAAGUCAAUAUGGCUAGAGUUUAUAAUUGGGAUGUAAAGAGAAGAAACAAGCAAGAUCCUUCCAAAAACAAAGCAUAGUUUUGCCAAUUUUAAAUGUCGUUUCAAUUUCCAAAUAUUUUUUAUUUAAACACCCCCAGAGUUCAUUCUUAAGGGACUGAGUUACUUUAAGCAUUUCAGUAAAUGGUAAAAUAUAUGAAAACUAAUGGUGAGCACCAUUUUAUUUAUUUGUAAACUCAAAAUUUGGUUUCAUGCAUGCUUCAUGAAAUUAAUUAUUUGAAAAGGCACCACACAGUCCAGCAAAGGACAUAGUAUUUUGACCAGACCGGUCUGUCAUAAAUAAAUUUCUACCUGAAAGCUUGUCUGAAAAGUUGAGGGGCAUGCAUGAAAUGGAGUCUGACAUUUUAGCAGGUUAAGGUAAUGCAGGGGUUUACUUUUUCAUCUCUGUGUACAGCUGAUGAAGUUAAGUCGACUGGGGCUGGGAAGACACACAGCUGUAAUGUUCUAGGAAACAGAAAAUAUACAGUGAAGUCUUGGAUUUUGUUUCAGUCAGUUAAUUGGCAGCAUCAACCUGUACGCAUUCCGGGAUAUCCCCUUUGGAUGAACUUGUUUUUAAUAGUUAUUGGUUAGUUAACUGCCUGUUACUGAACUCUCAGCACUUUACACACAACAGUUUGUGACUUGUCUUCAGAGAGGAGUGGUAAACAGAGGAAACAGCACAAGCUAUGUCGAGACUGCAGGUGAUCUCACCCCGUUCUUUUUCAUACAUGUGCACACAUUGCUCAUUUUUGCAAAUGCGUUGAACAAGGACACCAAAAUGCUGAUAGCCUGUAAACAAGAACCCCCUAUUUACGAUCCCUUAGACAAGAUGUCCAGUUCAGAUGUCUUAACACUCUCAGCCCCCCAGGUGGUGAAACCUGUAUUAGAUAAGGAUGGGUUACUGAAGCAUGACUUCUGGUGUUAACAGCUGGAGUAUUUUUUUGGUUCUUACCAAGCCUUGCAAGAUUGUUGCCUUUUACCUCUGCAGUUCCUUUCUAAAAUGAAGUGCUCAGCGGUGAUGUCAGUGGCUAAUAUUCACAUUCUGUGAUUGAGAAUACAGGUUUCACUGCAAAAUAAAUGCAAAUGUUAACUGUUUGAUCUUCAUGUAAGAAACAAUAUACCUGUAAAUUUUUUGUACUUUUAUUUCAUGAUAUUAAAAUAGUAAAACUAAACAGUUGUGGCAAACACCUGUUUUUGUGCAUCUUUCUUUGUGGGAGAAAGCCAGGAAUCUGAUGUGUGGUCUUUUAUAGUGUUUCCCUCCCUUAACCGGGGGCAGGGGGGUGAAAAAAUCCAAUUGAAGCAGCAGAUGUGAGAAGUGUAGCUGCUGAAUACUGGCUUGAAUGAAAUGGGGAGUGUGAGUCAGCACAUCUGAAUUUGUGCAUACAAGCACCUGCUGGGACAGCGCUGUGGCCGAUGAAAAACGGGGAUGGUCACAGGUAAGCACCCAGGCUUGGCUUGUCCCUGCCUUCCCUGCAGGGUGACACCCUUUGUUCUUUGGCUGUAGCAGAGAAACGUUGAGCCCCAACAUACAAUUUGAGGAAGGGGUAUCUGCCCGCUGCUCCGCGAGGCUGAGCGUGGGGCUCGGGCCGCUUCUCUCCUGUUUCGAAGAGCAUCAGCAAUGACAGGAGAGGCAGCUGCGAACACACGGCCUGGGUUCUCUGGCCAUUUUCUCUUCCAUUUGGAUUAACGAGAUCCCCACAGGCUAAAGCGUGCGCCCCCCUCCCUCGGGCUGGUCCGAAGGCAGCGACUGCCUGCCUUUGUUGCGCACAAUGAAACGACGAGUUAAGCAUUUCUGCACGAGCAAAAUACGUACUGUGUGCAACUGGCAGUGACCUAAUGCGGGUGCGGCGGGGGGGCCGCGUUAGAGCUGGCAUCGCGCAGGAGGCUGGGGGGGAUGGGAGAUGGCCAUCAUAACUCAUCUUUUGGGUGGGGUUUUGUUUGUUUGAUAGGAAGUAAAUACAAACCAACCAACUUACAGACAAGGACUCGCGCUUCCUGGUGCCCGAUCCUGGUCCAGCGUUGCUGCGGCUGUUGCUGUGAAGCCUUUUGCUACCUGGAGUAAGGACGGGAGGUCGGUGUGCGGGGGCUGGCUCAGCUCCUGCGCUGGCUGCCGAGAGGCCUCCGGCAGGGCUGAGGCUGGUUUGGGCUGCUGCUGCAGGGAGCAGGGCCUGUGUUUGGGGGUGGUUUGGUCUGGUUUGGUUUAGGAGGGCCGGUGUUUCUAGAGUUUUACUGUUUUUUCUCGGUGAGAAAAAACUGGUUCUGAAGAUGUAAGCAGGGCCUUUGGAGAAAAGUGUACAGUGGAUGCUGUUGCAAAGAGUGCCUGUUUAUUGUUGAGCCAGUCCAUGUUAGACUUCCAGUUACGGCUGCAGUACAGAAGUGGUACAGGUAGUAGACAGCUUACUGAUAAAGAAUGGGGAGGGGGAAAGAAAAAAAAGCCACCAAAGUUUCUUUACAAGUUUUGGAUUUCACAUUAUCACAUAGUAACCAUUUUGCUAAAUACAAGCAUAUUUUCAGUCACAUACAGACAGCUAAAUACAGCAUUAUUUUCACAUUUCAUUACAGAGCAUAACAGAAAGCGAGGAAAGUGUAUAGUAUGCUUUUAUUCUGGAGGGUCUGAGCAAUUUCAAUCUAACAUGCAGAUUGUUUUUAACAUGUGGAAGAGACCACAGUUAGCUUUUUCUUUUAUUUUUUUUCUUCUUUUAGUCCUAGAGUAAAAGAGCUCCUGACCUUUAUCCUGUGAAAGGUAUCACCUUCUGAUUUCUCUAAGUCCCUCUUGCACUAGAAGUCAAAGCAUUAAAACCAGUUGUUAGAAAAGAAUUCUUAGCAUAUCCUAUAAGUUCUUCAUCUUAGAAAAAACAUUCCAAAUUUUGUACAGAUGAAUCUACAUUUCCUAUAUUUUAAUAAGCUGUCUAGAAAAUGCAAGGAAUUAGAAAAAGAUGUAGAUAAUGGUUUCUCUAUCAUUUAAUAUAACCAUUUAUUACCUCUAAGUAGUUAAGACUGUGUACACUUCCUCCUGUACUGUUCCUCUUUAGAAUUAUGACACUUGUAUUUUUAAAUUGAAAAUUGACUAUGAAGGUCUGAAUGCACUUACUGAUUGAGGCUUUCUGGAAAUUCUCUCAGGGAGCAGUAAAGGGGAAUGCCCAAAACCCGUUAAGUACAAUAUUGGUUGUGUUGUGAAAAGUAAUCUUUCCCCUGCUGUCCAGGUUUCUGCACAGAGAAUUACAGAAUCUUACUGCUGCUCGAAGGCCGUUUGAGCCAGCUUCUGCCUGCUGCUGGAGUAGCGCUCCCACUCUGCUGCCCCAGCUCUGCAGCCCAAGACAUGCCUCCUGGCCAGCCCCACCCUGGAAGCCCAAGGUGUCUGCCUGGCGAACUUUCCGUUCAGAGAAGGAAGAACCUGACCCUUUCGUACUUUGUCCUUGCCUUUGAGAAUGUGUCUAACAGACCUGGUCCGAGCAAACCUCCCGCUCUCCACUGGCGUCAGCCCACGAGAGCCCACGGCAGCCAAGCUCCUGUGGCGCUCGCUGCAUCAAUCUUCUCCAGCUUUGCUUACCUAGAAAGAGAUUUUGUAAAGGGAUUUUUUUUUUUUUUUUUUUUUAGUAUCUUCAGGGUACUCGACCACAACUGAAUCUGCCUGGAAUUCCCUGGGCUUUAGGACAAGUUUCCUGGUAUGUUUACAGCCUACACAAGAGCGAUGGGGGGUUGGCAAUGACAAGCUCACUGGAAGGUGCCAGGCCCCUGCUGCCCUCCCUUCCACUGAUUUGCUCCCAGUGACCCCCCAGUAGGCACAAACACUGCUGGCCCCCUGCAGGGCUCAGGAACUGACGCUGUUCCUAGAACAC